AUUGGGACUGCUAAAUUCACCACUCCUUUUACUCUGUUCUAGUGUUCACUCUAUCUGUGUGAUGAUAAUGAAGAAUAUUGAAGCGUUGACGUUUGUGGUGUGUGUGGUGUUGCAGGUUGCGUACGGAGAACACCAUAUGAGAUGCAUUCCAAAGGAGAGGGAAGCACUCCUUCAAUUCAAGGCUGCCAUCGUCGAUCGUUACGGCAUGCUCUCCUCUUGGACCACUCCCGACUGUUGCCGGUGGGAGGGGAUUCGCUGCAGCAACCUCACCGGCCACGUUCUACGCCUCCACCUUCCUGGACAGUUUAAUGCUGACAUCUCUCGUGAUUAUAUGAGCGGAGAGAUCCACACGUCGUUGAUGGAGUUGCAACAAUUAGAAUAUUUGAACCUCAGCUCUAAUUAUUUUCGAUUUAAAGGAAUCCCAGAGUUUCUCGGUUCUCUCAUAAACUUGAAAUACCUAGAUUUGUCGUCAUCUCAAUUUGGCGGAAAAAUUCCAAGUGAGUUAGGUUCUCUUUUUCAUUUGAAAUACUUAAACCUUGCUUGGAAUUAUUAUUUGGAGGGUUCAAUUCCCCGUGAGCUUGGAAAUCUUUCUCGGUUGCAAUAUCUUGAUCUCAGAGGCCAUAGUUAUCUUGUAGGAUACAUACCAUCGCAACUUGGAAACCUUUCAAAUUUGCAUAAGCUUUAUCUCGGAGGAUAUGAUGGUGCUCUCAAUAUUGUCACAACUGAUCACUGGCUUUCUAAUCUUAUUUCUUUAACUCAUCUUUCCUUCCAAUCCAUAUCUAAUUUUGACCGUUCUCCUAGUUGGUUUCAAAUGGCUGCCAAGCUACCAAAACUAAGAGAAUUGAGUUUAGUUGGAUGCGGCCUUUCAGAUCAUUCUGUCCUUUCAUUCAACCCUUCCAACUUCAAUUUUUCUGCUUCCCUUACCGUCCUUGAUCUUUCUCAAAACUCCUUCACGCAAUCAAUGAUAUUUCAGUGGGUGUCAAACACCACUUCUAGCCUUGUUGAGCUUUAUCUUAGUUCGAACCUCUUGGAGGGUUCCACAUCAAAUGGUUUUGGCUUGUUCAUGAAUUCGCUUGAGCGCCUUGACCUCUCUUAUAAUGUCUUCAAGGGUCAGGAUUUGAAAUCUUUUAUGAAUAUAUGCACCCUAUGUUAUUUAGACAUGUCUGGAAACAAUAUGACUGAAGACUUUCUAUCAAUUAUUCAUCAUCUGUCUAGUGGUUGUGCUAGGUACUCAUUGCAAGAGUUGAACUUUAAAUUCAAUCACAUCACACGCUCUCUAGUUGAUCUAUCAAUAUUCUCAUCUUUAAAAAGAUUGGAUCUUUUUGAGAAUCAAUUGAGUGGGAAGACAUCUGAAGAAAUAAAAUUGCCAUCUCAGUUGGAACAGUUGUCAAUUGGAUCUAACUCUUUAGAAGGUGGUGUUCCAAAAUCUUUUGGUAAUACAUGUACUUUGGAAUUAUUGGAUUUGUCUCGUAAUAAAUUAAGUGAAGAUCCUACAAUCAUAUUUGAUCAUUUGUCUGGAUGUUCUAGAUUCUCAUUGCGAGAAAUAUAUUUAUCUCAAAAUAAACUCAAUGGCACAUUGCCUGAUUUUUCAAUGUUUUCGAAGUUGGAAAUGCUAGAUCUAUCGGGGAAUCACUUAAAGGAUGGAAUUUUGAAAUCACCCCACCACAAUGGUACUGUUUUGCGUUCAUUGCGCCUAUCUAAUAAUCUUCUGAACGGAAAUCUUCCAACAAUAAUCUACCACUUAUCUCAAUAUAGUAGAUACUCGUUGCAACUUUUAGAUUUGAGCAUGAAUCAAAUCAGUGGCACUUUGCCCAACAUUCUCUCAAUGUUUUCAUCCUUAAAAAGGUUAUACCUUGAGAGUAACAAGCUAAAUGGGACAAUUUCUGAAGAUCUUCUAUUUUCGGCUGAACUUGAAGUUCUCAAUUUGAGGUCAAACUCUUUGAAAGGUGUGAUUACUGACUCUCAUUUUUCUAAUAUGUCAAAGUUAGUGGCAUUGUUGUUAUCAGAUAACCUAUUGACAGUAGAUUUUAGUCAAAUUUUCAAUCCAUCUUUUCAAUUGGAUGUUAUUGAUUUGAGAUCUUGCAAGCUAGGUCCAUUAUUUCCCAAAUGGUUAGAAACACAAAACAUGCUUAACGGCAUUGACAUUUCAAAUAGUGGAAUAUCAGAUAUUGUUCCAGAAUGGUUUUGGACUAAAUUAGCACUACAAGAAUGGAUCACAGUUAAUAUUUCAUUUAAUAAUCUACAAGGUGUAAUUCCAAAUUUGCCACUAGGGAAUCCUUAUGAAUUUAUUAGUCUUGCAUCAAAUCAAUUUGAAGGUCAAGUUCCAUCAUUUUUAAGAGGCUCAAUGUUUCUUGAUUUAUCUAAUAAUAAAUUCACAGAUUCUCGUUUAUUUUUAUGUUCUAGUGGUGUAGUUGAAACUUCAUACCAAUUAGAUCUUUCAAAUAAUAAGUUUUUUGGAAAAAUUCCAUACUGUUGUACCCAUUUCAAGUCAUUGAUUUAUUUAAAUAUGAGUCAAAAUAAAUUUUCUGGAAAUAUUCCUACUUCAAUGGGAUCACUCCUUGAACUUCAAGUAUUGUUAUUGAGAAACAAUAGCUUAACAGGUGACAUCUCUUCCUCAUUGGGAAAUUGCACAAAGUUAGUGAUGUUAGAUAUGGCAGAAAAUAGAUUAUCAGGAUCUAUUCCACAUUGGAUUGGGAGCAAAUUGCUAAAGUUACAAAUUUUAAGCUUGGGAAACAAUCACUUCAAUGGAAGUUUACCAUUGCAAAUUUGUUAUCUAAGAAGCAUUCGUAUAUUGGAUCUCUCCCAAAACAACCUAUUUGGACAAAUUCCUAAAUGCAUAAAAAAUUUCUCUUCAAUGACGCAAAAAGCUUCUUUGAGAGAUCAUAAGGUUCAUCAAUAUUCGGUCAACACCACCUAUGUCCAAGGUAACACUUCAUACAAUUUGAAUGCAUUAUUGACGUGGAAAGGUUCAAAACAAAUGUUCACAAAUAAUGGAUUAUCUCUUCUAAAAAGCAUUGAUCUCUCAAACAAUCAAUUUUCAGGAGAAAUUCCAAAAGAAAUUGGAGAUUUAUUUGAUUUGAUUUCAUUGAAUUUAUCAAGAAAUAAUUUGAUGGGAAAAAUUCCUUCAGAUAUUGGAAAGUUAAAAUCACUUGAAUUUAUUGAUUUGUCAAGAAACGAACUUAUUGGUUCAAUUCCUUCAGGUCUUGCUCAAAUUGAUCGACUCACAAUGUUAGAUUUGCCACAUAAUUAUUUAUCUGGAAAAAUUCCAAUAGACACGCAAUUACAAAGUUUCGAUGCUUCAAAAUAUGAAGGUAAUGUUGAUCUUUGUGGCCCACCAUUAGAGAAAUUGUGUCCCGAUGGAGUUCUCAACCAAAAACCACAUGAAGAUAACAAUUUGGUUUUCAAUCAUGAAUUUUAUGUGAGUAUGGCAAUUGGAUUUGUUAUAAACUUUGGAGGAGUAUUUGGUUCAAUCUUAGUGAUACGUUCUUUGCGACAUGUGUAUUUCAAGUUCUUGAGUAACAUAGCAGACACUCUUUAUAUCAUGACAACAGUAAAAAUAUUCAAGUGGUGGCGCAGGACAUAGCUGAGGAAUCUGAAUGGAUUAUAGGUGCUAAAUAGUGUAUGUGGAAAAAUGGAAUUGUUGUUGAAGAAUGAAAGGGUUGUGUUGAAAGGACAUCAAAGAACAGAGCAAAGAACGACUUCUUGAGAUGAGAAGGCACCAAGGUUUGGAGAAAAAUAAUUGAGGAAGGUUUCUGCGUUUUUAUUUUCUUUAAAACUUUAUUUUCUUGUCUAUUUUUAUUUUGUAAUGACUUGUUGAAUUCCUUUAAGCUCGAGGGAGCCAUUAUGAUUGUAAUGUUGUUCAUUUUUUUUUUUUUCUGAGUACUCUGUUCAUAGCAUAGCCUUUAAAUCUAAG